CAAAUAUAUAAAAGUGAAUAUCAGAAAAUCUUUCACAGAUGCUGAAAAUCUCUGAUAUGAAGGAAUGGAUCACCUGAACAAGCUUUGUGAAACAAGCUCCCAACAACAGAAAGUGACCCCUGGACAGUCAAAGGGCCCUCACCACACAGACUACCUGCGCGUCCUGAAGAGAUACCUGGUUGUGAAAUACAUACAGUACAUGAUCCUGCCUUCUACAAAUAUUGUGGUAUUGGCCGCAGGAGCCUUUGGAACACUUCAUGUCUUAGUCUUGCUCUUGUCUCAGACUGUGUCUAAGAAGAGCACAGCAGUCUUCAUUUCCCAUUUGGCAGCGGCAGAUGCAAUGCUAGUGCCUGCCAUCUUGCUCGAAGUUUGCCACCAAAUGGUUGACAUCAAAUUUGCAUCUGACAGCUUCAUCCGUGGCCUUAUUCACAAUCUCCUGGUGGUGAACACCAACGUCAGUUCUUUAAUAUUAAGCUGCAUCAGCCUAGAGACUUUCCUCAUAACUCAGUUCCCCAUGGAAUCACGUCACGUGAGGACUGUAAGGCAAGCUAGAAAGACCAGUGUGCUUGUCUGGAUUACUGUGCUCAUAGAAUGUAUUAUUUUACAAACUGAAUGCAUAGCUGCUCCAGAACCUGAGGAAUUCUGUCUAUCAGCGUUGUUCCAGUAUUUUCUGCUGAUAGCUCCUACUGUUAGAGGACUGUUUGAUAAUCUACUCAUCUGCUUCAGGUUCCUUAAUGUAUUCUUCUACUACAAAGUUUAUACGAGCAAGUCUCAUUCCAGGCACUUAUCAAAUAGAACAGGCCACUGCUCUUAACAUUAGUGAAGAAAUCUUUUUAACAAUGUAAUUGAUUUAGUAUUUAGGUAGACACACAGGCAACAAAAUAUUUAUUAAAUAUUUAUUAUUUACAAAGUGAACAAGGAACAAGAGUAGGCCACUCAGCCUUUUGAGCCUACUCCUUCAUUCAAUAAGAUUAUGAACUCAACAUUCCUGCACAUCCCUAAUAAUCUUUCAUCCCCUUUGGUAAGCUACAAUCUAUCUCUGCCCUAAAAAAUAUUUAAAGAUUCUGCAUCCGGUAUCUUUUGAAGGGAAUUCCAAAGACACACAUGCCUCAGAGAGAAAAAAAAGUUUCCUUUUUAAUGGGUAUUUCCUUACUUUUAAGUUACAGCACCCUACUUUUAGAUUCUCCCACAAGAGGAAACAUCCUUUCAACAUCCACCAGUCAAGGUGCCUCAGGAUCUUAUGUUUUUCAGUUGAAUCACUUCUGACUCAUCUGAACUCCAGAGGAUACAGCCCCAGUCUGUCUAUCCUUUCAUCAAAAGGCAAUCUGCUCAUAGUCUAGUAAACCUCCUCUGAACUGCUUUCUAAGUAUUAACGUUCUUCGUUAAGUACAGUGACCAGUACUGUACACACAAUUCCAGAUGUGAUCUCACCAAUGCACAGUAUAACUCAGGCAUAACAUCCCUUCCCACACAUUCAGUUCCCUCCCCUCCCCCGACAAUAAAACAUAACAUUCCAUUAGUUUUCCUGUUAACUUGAUGACAUGCCUCUUAAAAUUACCACGCAGGAUCUUCUGACUGCAGAUACUUUGCCAAUUCAUGUCUCAUCUUAGUGUGAAGCAGCCUCCCAUGACUUCACUGCUGAAUCAGCCAAUAAGGAAUGCGGAGGGGAAACUUCCCAACACCGUGUGUCUGAGCUCACCCAACCUAUGGAUGUCUGUAGGGUUGAGUCAAUGCCUGGUAGCACUUAAGCAAAAUCACUGUGCAUAUAGACACUGGCUUUCCCUCUCUUCCAUAGACAUGCAGCAAUAGCUUGGCUUAACAUGGCCUGUUGUAAAUUGGGGGUGAGGUCUGAUAUUCCUACGUCAGGAACCACCAGGUCGAAAAGAAUGUUGUAAGUUUCUGACAGAUUCCGGAUCGCUGUCAGUUUCACAAGUUGCCGUUUUGAAGCGGGAGCGGAAAUUACAGGAGGGUUUGCACGUUGCGGAAUCAUUUACAGAUGCACCGAUGAGUCACAACUGCUUUGGCGGCUCCAAAGACUUUUUUUUCGAAACUACACACUUUACAUUAAUCCUUUCAUCGUGAUGACAAAUAGGUUACAUUCGUUGCUGCGUUAAAGCGAUAACGCGUGUAUUCACACGUAACAUGCUGUGUACCGGGACUGGGUCUUAAAUAUCAGUUUUAUUCUCCCGUCAACUUUGACGUCUGUGCAUGCUUUCAGUGUACAGGGAAUUGGUGAUUACCUGCUAUCCACUGCAGAAAUCAUUGUAGAUACUGCAAUAAUUAAGGGGAAUGAAUUCUUAUGACACAGUUAUUUCUUGUGCGUGCUCGCUUGCUUUAUUAGUACAGUACCCACUCCUUUUACAUUUCUAAUCUCGGCCUAGCCCCACUGCUGUUUUGCUAACGAGCUUUCACUCAGCUGGAAACGGUUGCAAUAGCCAAAGUAUCUGUUCCUACGCUAAAACUCUUGGCAAUUAUUUCCCUAAUCGCUUCUCUACAGACAGGGGCAGAAAAAGCACUGGUGAAGAUAGGGGUUCUGCGUGAGAAGGUUAAAUAUCUCACUGUUUUCUCAGGUAGGAAAUGAUGCUGUUUGUAACGAAUAGAAAUUUUAAAAAAACUGAAGAAAUAAAUUGAAAACAAUUAGGAUC